CUGCUAGCUACAUGAUCAUCAUGAUGAUUCACGACUGCCGGGUGUGGUGCUGACUUACUUUCUGCUUCUGUCUCCUUCCCCUUCCCUUCCCAUUUCCCUCCUCCAGUUCUGCGUUCCUCAAUCACCGGUGACCGGACAGACAGCCAUGCCGGAACUCCCCCCGCUUGCCCCGGUCCCGCCCCCCGAGGUGCAGAGGACCGUACCACCUGAGGACUGGCAGCUCUAUAUAGAUGCAUGGAUCCUGCUGCUGGGCGUGCGCAUCGAGGCUCCCGAGUCGCAGUUCAAAGACCAUGCCGCUGACGACAGCACCGCAGUGGCUUUCCUGUCAUCUUUCUACCGUCAGUCCGCCAGAUCGGAGUCAUCCAGCGUCCACGCAGGACCCAAAGCCCGAACAUUACGGAAGCUCUGCUUCCUGUUGACCAGACGAUUCCUUCUUGAAGUCUCUCCCGCACCAGCGGAACUGCUCGACUGGAAAGUACUUGCUGGCAUGUGCAGCUGCUACCCGUCAAGCUCGGCCCUGAAACGACUACUGUCCGAUGCAUGGAGCAAGCAUCAAGAUGCGAUCACGUCCAGCCUUGAAAAGGCCAAGAUCAAGGUCACAAGGGAGCUGUCCUCGCUGAAUCCCAGCAAGUCCACCGCCAUCCUCUUCGAGAUCCGCCUAUUGACCAUCCUGGCGUCUGUCAUGCCCGGGUGCGGCCAAGAGCUCAUGGCGGGGUCCGACUUCCUCGACACCUUCUCCGACGCAUAUCAAACGCAUAAGAGAGACGACAUCCGCCGAGUCCUCGUGGCCAACAUCUACGUCGGUCUGGCCUCGCUGCUCAAGGGCUCGAAACCGAACCUCUCAUCGCUGCUCGACCAGCUAUACAGCCUAAAAGCCACCGCCGGCAUCGGCUCCUCAACAUCGCAGAAGGGACCCACGCUCCUCUCGGACGUCAUCUGCAGCACCGACCUCCUCGUGCGUCUGGACCGGUAUCUUACCACGCACCCGCAAAAACGAGGCCAAGACCUCCUCUCUACCCUCCGCACGUACCACGACUCCUCCAAGUCCUUCCACCGCCGGUAUCAAAAGUCCAAGAAACGCCUCGAUAAAGGCAAAGCACGCGCCGCGGACCUCCCACCCCCAGAGGACCUGCACAUCCAUAAGAUGUCCCUGAUCACGCAAAUCCAAGACCUCUUCCCCGACCUCGGCACCGGCUACAUCGCCCGCCUGCUAGACCACUACAACGACUCCCCUGAAACCAUCAUCGCACACCUCCUCGACAACUCCAUCCCAGAAUCUCUCCAAACCCUCGACCCAUCCGAACCCCUCCAAUCCCUCCAACCCGCCCCCACCCCCUCCACAACCCCAUCCCAACCCGAAUACCACGCCCCCCUCCCCCCGCACCAACCCCGCAAAAACAUCUUCGACGACUCCAUCGACCUUGCCGAACUCGCCCGCUCCUCCUCCCCGACCAACCCCCACCAAACAACCCUCCACUACGGCCGCGCCUCCAACACGACCGCCACCGCCGAAACCAUCCUCUCAGACCGCACCCACCACGCGGCCCAAAAGGCCGCUAUCAUGUCCGCGCUCGCGACCUUCGACUCCGACGAUGACGAACGCGACGACACCUACGACGUCGCCGACGUCGGCGGCACCAUCGACGCCACAACCACCACCGACAAAGAAGACCCUACUACAACAUCCGCAUCAGCAGCAGAGCUCGACCUGACCCUCUACCGCGCCUACAAAUCCACCCCCGGUCUAUUUGGCCGCGACUCCGCGACCCGUCGCUCGCAGCCCCGCGCGGCCUUGAAGCGCGAGACCGGCAUGACGGAUGAGGCGAUUGAGGGGUGGGCUGUUAUGUUGGCGAGGGAUCCGAAGAGGAUGAGUCGGUUGGAGGAUCGCGUUAUGUAUGGGACUGGAGGUGGUGGUGGUGGAGGUGGAGGAUUAAAUCAGCCGGAUCUGGCGCCCACGGCGUAUCGCAGACCUGGUGCGGAUGAGGAGGAGAGUGAGACGGAUGGGCAGGGUGGUGGUGGUGGAUUUAGGGGUGGGAGGGGACGGGGACGAGGUCGUGGAGGUGCAGGAGAUUCCGGAUCAACUCAGAACCCUACGGUUGCGCGCCAGAGAAAAGAGGAGAAUAAAGCUAGUCGGGCGAAUCAUAAUCGGCGACAGCAGCGAGCGAAGAAAGUGGCUAGGGCUGGGGGGAUGGUGGGGUAG